UGCUGAUGAUAGAUUUUGGCAAGAUUUUAAUAGUUCAUAUGAAGAAGUUUUGAUUAAUGAAUUCAAAGAUCAGAUUAAAUAUUUAAAACUCUUAAAUCUUCUUGAUUCAAAAGAUUAUAUGAUUAGAUUUUCUGCAAACACAAAUGUUAGAUUUAUUUAUGAUUUUUGCGAAAAUGAAAAAUUAAAAGCUAUAUCAGAACAGAAAUUUAAUAAUACAAAAUUAUUUAGUUCAUUUGUAAAUCGAUUAGAUUAUAUUGUAGAAUUUAAGAAAUUUAGAGAAGAUAAUAAAAAACUAUGUCGAGAAGAAUGUCCUUGUUGUAAAAUUCGAAUGAUCUUUCAUAAAGAAAAAGCAAGAGAAAUAUUAGAAAAUAAGUAUAGUAAAUUUGAAGAAUUAAAUACACAUUAUACAACACUUAAACAUUUAACAAGAUUAUCACCAAAAUUGAUUAAAAAAUAUACAAAAAUAUUUCGUGAUUUAAUAAUAAACACAUUAACAGUUAAUGAUAGCAAGCUAGAAGGAGAAUAUAAAAUUAUAAAAAUAGAUGAAUCUAAAUUUAAAAAAGAUGUUUCAUGCUGGCGUGGCUAUCAAGAAUUAGAAAAAUUAGGAAUAAAACAUAUUCAUAUAAAUCAUUCAAAGCAAUUAACUCAAAGACAAAGAUUAAGAAAAAUUUAUAGCAAUACAAUCGAAG